AUGGAGUCGAAGGUAGAAUCAUGUCAGGAAGAGCUGGAGGUAGAACCAUGUGAGGAAAAGCUGAAGGUAGAAUCAUAUCAGGAAAAGCUGGAGGUAGAAUCAUGCGAGGAAAAGCUGAAGGUAGAACCAUGGGAGGAAGAGCUGGAGGUAGAAUCAUGUCAGGAAGAGCUGAAAAUAGAGUCAUAUCAGGAAGAGCUGAAGAAGAUAGAAUCAUGUCAGGCAGAGCUGAAGGUAGAAUCAUAUCAGGAAAAGCUGGAGAUAGAAUCAUAUCAGGAAAAGCUGGAGGUAGAAUCAUGCGAGGAAAAGUUGAAGGUAGAAUCAUGUCAUGAAGAGCUGAAGGUAGAGUCAUAUCAGGAAGAGCUGAAGAAGAUAGAAUCAUGUCAGGCAGAGCUGAAGGUAGAACCAUGUGAGGAAAAGUUGAAGGUAGAAUCAUGUCAUGAAGAGCUGAAGAAGAUAGAAUCAUGUCAGGCAGAGCUGAAGGUAGAACCAUGUGAGGAAAAGUUGAAGGUAGAAUCAUGUCAUGAAGAGCUGAAGGUAGAGUCAUGUCAGGAAGAGCUGAAGAAGAUAGAAUCAUGUCAGGAAGAGCUCAAGGUAGAACCAUGUCAGGAAGAGGUGAAGGUAGAACCAUGUCAGGAAGAGGUGAAGGUAGAACCAUGUCAGGAAGAGCUCAAGGUAGAACCAUGUCAGGAAGAGGUGAAGGUAGAACCAUGUCAGGAAGAGGUGAAGGUAAAAUCAUACCGAGAAGAGUUGAAAGUAGAAUCAUGUCGGGAAAGCAAGAAAAAUUCUGUACUUAUGGAUAUUUGUGAUGGAAUUCAAAAAAUGCAAUGCACUGAUAAAGAUGGAUCAAAGAACGUGUCAGUAAGUGAUGUUGAUCAAGACCGAAAACAUCCAGCAUACAUUCCACGUAAAGGUCACUUUUUUAUGCAUGAUACUCGAGAAAUAAGUAAAAAGAAAUCAAAUAGUCAGCAGAAACAUGCUGAUUUCAAGUGGGAACAUGACUUAUAUAUUGAAGAAGAACAAAUACCAAUGUCUGCUGAGAUGCUUGCCAAGAAGUAUAACAUAGAUCAAACAAAUAUUCGUGAACUUCCGAACCAACAUCAGAAUGAUACAAACAAUUCUCUGCCACAUUUAGAUGGAAAAGGAAAACGAGCAAAGAACACGUGUUCUGAUGGCCAGAAUCAUAGCAAGAAUAGUGAAAAUACUGAUGACAGCGCUUUGGAGGGCAGCAUGCAUACUACUGACAAUCAAGUGAAACCACAACUGCGGCGUGUUGGAAAGCGUUACUCCGCAAAACGGCCGAUAAGACCAACUGAAAUCUCGAAAUUUACGUAA